UGUUACGUUUGUUUAAGCUCUUCAGCUGAUCAACCAGAAGAAGUACUGCUCAGUGCAGGAGAGAAACUCUCUCGGAGGAUGGAGUUUUUCAUAGGAAACCCUUUUUCUACACCUGUGGGUCAACUUAUAGAACAUGCCACCAGUUCUUCUCUCCCGUCAGAAGACUGGGGCCUCAACAUGGAGAUCUGUGACAUAGUAAAUGAAACAGAGGACGGGCCUAAAGAUGCAGUCAGAGCAAUAAAGAAGAGGAUCUUGGGAAAUAGGAAUUUUAAAGAGGUCAUGCUAGCUUUGAGUGUGUUGGAGGCCUGUGUUAAGAAUUGCUGCCACAAAUUUCACGUCUACGUGUCCACCAGAGACUUUGUGGAGAAUGUUUUAGUGCAAACCCUACUGCCUAAAAAUAACCCUCCGAUGAUUCUUCAGAACAGAGUGCUAAGCAUGAUACAGGCGUGGUCCGAUGCCUUUCGUAGUUCUCCAGAUCUGACGGGUGUUGUGACCGUGUAUGAGGAUCUCAGGAGGAGAGGUGUGGAGUUUCCUGUGACAGAACUGAAUGGAUAUUCCCCUAUUCACACUCCCAACAGGAGCGUUGACUCCAUGUCUCCGGUAACAGCGCAUGCAGAACAGCACACAGUCAAAUCAUCACAGCCACAGAAUACAGAGACUCCCCUCACACUGUCACCUCAACAGAGUAAGCAGUUGAAGGCCGAACUGGAGAUGGUACGAAAUAAUCUUUCGGUGAUGUCAGACAUGAUGUCACAGAUGGAGCCCGGAAGCGUUCAGCAAUCCGACACAGAACUGCUGCAGCAGCUCUACUCCAUGUGCAAGCAUAUGCAGGGCCGAAUGGUCGACCUCAUACCCAGACUGACAGACGAAAAACUUACAGAGCAGUUACUAAUGGUCAAUGAUGACAUGAACACUACCUUUGCACAAUAUCACAGAUUUGAAAGACAUCUCAACAUACAGAGCAAUGCACAAUCUAGCCCAGCUUACACAAACCUCAUUGACCUCGGUGCUGCUUCGGAAACUCUUAACCAAUCGAAGGCAGCAAAUAGUGCUCAUUGUGCAGUCAGCCAAUCAACUGUCAACAUACUGUCCAAUCAGAUGGCAGGGUUAAGUACAAAGGCAGAUGUAAACAAACACAGCUCGCUGCAAAAAAGUCCAGAAACCUCAUCAGCACUUGGGGGAUUGGAUGCUACACAAAUAAAGCGACAGGACAUUGGAGCGGAUGAAAGUCUAGACUCCACCUCCCUCAGCAGCUCACCUCAAUUUCAUUGGAUGGUUGAAAAGGGAAUGAUCCCUGUCGAUCAGAGUGAAGUGAUGGAUGACAUUGAACGAUGGCUUGAUGUGGAUAAUCAAGAUGACUUCGAGGGAGUGACAAGUGAAGAGUUUGAUAAAUUCCUUGCAGAAAGAGCAAAAGCAGCUGAUCGUCUUCCGUCAGCAACGAUGUCGCUCCACGACCCCGGCCAUUCGCAACCAUAGCUCUGAGCUGGAUUUACAUCUCUAGAGCAGCAAUUAACCUGUUAACAAUGUCCAAUAUUGUAGAACGCACACAGACUGUCAGUUUAUUUCCAUUUGCUUACUUUUCAGUUUGUUUAUAGCAGUUUUGGUUCAUCCCUUACCAUGUUCUGUCUCUAUCAAACUUAAUAAAUCUAAGCUCUAGGUGCAGGUGAUGAUGGAGAUGUUUAAUCUAGUUCUGAUUUUGCACAUGUAUCAAAUUAUGAAAUGUGUUUUAUAACUAGACACUAAUUUCUGUGGUACAGAAACCACUUUAAAUGAUGAAGAAUGGUCCCAUGGUGAAGAACUCCUUAUUGAUCUUUAGUAAAGAUCUUGAUUAAUGAGCUUAAAGCUGUUAAUGUAUAUACACUAAAUCUAUAAAACUGUUUUGAAUGAGGUGGUCCUACAGUGAGAAAGAUAAUAUUUGUAGGUUACAUAUUUUUAGCAGACUGCUGUCAGUAGGAAUGUUUGUGUUUGUAAUAAUGACUAAUUAAAAACCUUAAACAUCAUGUUAGUUAUGUUAAAGUUAAAUAAAGGUUAUUUGGAAAUAAUU